CGCGCGCCGCCACCAGUAGCGCGGCGCAGCCAUGUCGGGUCCGGCGCGUGCGCGCACCAAAGUGCUCCACCUUGUAGUCACCGUCACCCUGCUGCUGCACUGGAUCCCGCAGCCGACCGCAGCCGUGAUAUGCAAUCAGACAGUAUGUGAUUGCUCUGGUCUGAAGGGAGACCGCGGGGACCCCGGCCCCCCCGGCAUCCCUGGCCUGCAAGGGGACUACGGUGACGAUGGACCCGAGGGCCGGCUUGGCAUACAAGGCGAACCCGGCGACUGGGGCGAGAAAGGAGACGUCGGUGACAAAGGCGAACGGGGAGCGGACGGACCCUACGGAGUAAGGGGAUACACAGGACCUCAGGGCCCACAUGGAUUGGAAGGUAUUCGAGGCGUGGCUGGUUUCGACGGAUGUAGCGGUGUUGACGGUGUGGUUGGACCACCUGGAAGACAAGGUCCUCCUGGGGACCGAGGAUUGCCCGGACCGUACGGAGAAAAAGGAUCACAAGGUUUAGCUGGUGAAGGAGGAGUCAACUCAAGGGGGGCAAAAGGAAUAAUGGGCGAUCCUGGUAGACCUGGCUUACCAGGACCUUCUGGUCCUAUGGGUUGGAGAGGAGACAGUGGUCUCCGCGGUGAAGAAGGUGACGAGGGUAUAAUGGGUAUUAAAGGAGAACCAGGUUACAGAGGAGAUCCAGGUGAUAUAACCGUAGGACCACCGGGAAUAAAAGGAGAUCAAGGAGAAAUUGGUGAACCUGGAAGACCAGCAACCAUACUCAAUAUAGAUACGUUUAAGCACAAUUUAAGCAUUGUAGCUAGAGGAGACAAAGGUGAGAAAGGGCUUAAAGGAAUGCAAGGUGUAAAAGGACUAAAAGGAGAAAUAGGUUCAAGAGGUCAAAUGGGUCCAUAUGGUCUAAAUGGUCCACAAGGUUACAAAGGAGAUCAAGGAGAAGAUGGUUCCAGAGGAAAACCUGGCCGUAGAGGAAAAGAUGGACCUCCAGGUCCUAAGGGAGAUAAAGGUGCACCAGGUUUCCUAGGUUUAGACGGAGAAGAUGGGAUACCAGGCGGGCCAGGAGAAGAUGGCAGACCAGGAAUUCCUGGAGAACAAGGACCUAUGGGUGAACCCGGAAUUUUCGAUGAAAGUUUAAAUGAACCUUUACUACCAGGUGCUCAGGGACCACAGGGUCCGAUAGGUUAUAUGGGCCCUGUAGGAGCUCCAGGAAUUGAUGGUUCAAAAGGAUUACCCGGCAUUAUGGGACCACCUGGUUAUCCAGGUGUCAAAGGAUUUCCUGGAAGGGUAGGUAACCCAGGAAUCUCUCCUAAAGGAGAACCAGGUAGCGACGGACGCAAAGGCCUACCUGGACCUCGAGGUCCUCCCGGUUUUCAAGGAUUGCCUGGUACAUUAGGUCCAAAAGGGUUUAAAGGAGCAACAGUAAAAGGUCCUGAUGGUGAAGAUGGCAUGCCAGGAACUGACGGUGUCCCUGGAGCAAGAGGAGAUAGAGGGGAACCUGGGUUUAUGGGUCAACCAGGCUAUCCUGGCCGUGGAGUGCAUGGUAUGGGACCACAAGGAGACACCGGACCACCAGGGCCGCCUGGUAUGGUUGGUGACCCUGGCACUUCGGGCCGACCGGGAUUUCCGGGCUUGAAAGGACCGAGAGGUGACGAUUGCCCAUUCUGUAAAUCAGGUUUACCUGGACCUAAGGGACAAAGAGGUGAUAGCGGAUUUCCAGGACAAAAAGGGUAUCCAGGAUUUGAAGGAUUGCCAGGACCACGCGGCCAAACUGGUUUGCCGGGUACUUCUGGCAUACCGGGGGCCAAGGGUGUAAAAGGAAAUAAGGGACAAUCUGGUAUGGCGGGACCACAAGGACUGAAAGGUCAAAAGGGGAAGCUUAUUCGUCCACCAUUGGAUUUGACCUUAGCAGAAAGAGGUCCUCCAGGGGACAUCGGCUUUAUAGGUUACCCUGGACUGCCCGGAGACGGAGGUUGGCCUGGACUCAGAGGAGACGCAGGCCCACCAGGUAUCAAGGGAAGGAUCGGAGACUUCGGCUACCCUGGAUUGCCAGGACGAAACGGAUCAAGAGGAAGAGAUGGCGCCCCCGGGUGGCCCGGAGCGCCAGCUGAUAUACCCAUGGCUUUCCUGCGAGGAGACAAAGGAGAAGCUGGCAUUAAAGGUCAACAUGGAGAGGUUGGAGAACCUGGCCAGCCAGGAGAGGUUGGUGAAUCUGUAGCAAACGGUAUUAAUGCUAAGGGUGAACGCGGACCUCCUGGAGUUCCAGGAAUAAAAGGUUAUCGCGGAAGAAAAGGAGACCGUGGCGAUAUGGGAUACGACGGGUUUAGAGGUAUUCCCGGUGAUGACGGGCUUCCAGGCAGAUCUAUACAAGGCCCUGUCGGAAUAAAGGGAUUUGUUGGCGAAAAAGGUGAAAUAGGUCCCAGCGGAGAACCGGGCACACGUGGUCAACGAGGACCCCUAGGAUUUGGAGGCAAUAAAGGGCAUAAAGGAUCAAGAGGCGAGGUUGGCCUUGCUACAAUUUAUGGUGAGAAAGGUAUAGACGGCUACCGCGGCGAUCGAGGUGAUGUCGGUGAACCAGGGUACCCAGGCACACCCGGUCGCGCCGGUAUCAUGGGAAUUAAGGGCAUCACUGGACUUCCAGGAGACAUCGGUCCGGAUGGACCACGAGGACCGCCAGGUCGAAAAGGCCUACCCGGUAUCCAAAUACAGGGUGCUCCAGGAAUACCUGGACGACCAGGAUUCCCUGGCCCCAUGGGUCAAAUCGGUGAACCAGGUUUGCAAGGAUUAAACGGCAUACAAGGUGAUGUCGGACCUAAAGGCGUAAAAGGAGAAGCUGGUCGAGUUGGGAUUCGUGGAUGGACUGGAGAUAUGGGACCAGUUGGAUUCCCCGGCUUCCCGGGAAUUAUGGGAACACCCGGAUCUCAAGGUGAAGUUGGAGAUAGAGGUGAGGAUGGAGCUCAAGGUUAUCAAGGACAACCUGGAAAACCAGGGCCUCCAGGACCUGAAGGAGUUAAGGGCUAUAGAGGCGACCAAGGUUUAGCAGGAUUACCUGGUCUAGAUGGCUUAAACGGAGUCAAAGGAGUGCGAGGAGACGAAGGAUUCCCCGGCUUACAAGGGUUGCGGGGGGAAAAUGCAUUAAUAGGAAUGAAAGGUGACGUUGGAGAACCAGGCGUGGACGGAGAAUCUGGUAAACCUGGCAUCUUCGGACUCAAAGGAACAAAAGGGGACGAAGGAUCCCCGGGAUUAGCUAUUGGAGGAUACGAAGGUAUAAAAGGGGAACAAGGAGAGCCUGGACCGCAAGGUAAUCCUGGUCUUAAUGGGACAAAAGGCGAAUUAGGGUCCAACGGAAUCGAUGGACCACCAGGUGACAUAGGUGACAAAGGAUAUCCAGGUAAUCCUGGAGUCCCAGGAAGACAUGGAUUACGUGGUAUGAAGGGACUAAUGGGAAGUGCGGGUCUUGUUGGCUCCACUGGAGAAAAAGGAGACUUAGGAAAGGAAGGGGAACCUGGCAUUAUGGGUAGACCCGGUCUUCCAGGAGACGAGGGCUGGCAAGGUCCAAUAGGAGUUAAAGGCGAAAUGGGUUUCAAAGGAGAACGUGGAGAGAGAGGUAUUAGUACCCGUUUACCAGCUACAAAAGGUGAUAUUGGAGACAUUGGAUUUGAUGGAAUACCUGGACCUAAAGGACCAACAGGAGACGAUGGCUUCUUCGGAAUCAAAGGAAUUAAAGGAGAACGUGGUGAAAUUGGUAUCAAGGGAAUGAUUGGUGAAGACGGUCUACCAGGAGAAAAAGGUCAAAUAGGAGAUCAAGGGCCACCAGGAUUGCCUGGAUUAGAUGGCAUUAAUGCUGAGAGAGGACAAAAAGGUAGAGCUGGAUUUGAUGGACUUCCUGGAUGGCCGGGACCAAUGGGACAAAAAGGCGCUCCUGGAGAGUAUGGUGUAACCGGACCUAUUGGUGAACGUGGACCACCAGGAUUAAGUUUUCAGGGUCCAAAGGGUUUCAAAGGUAUGGACGGUUUUACUGGCAGACAAGGAGCACCCGGAAAACCUGGACCUAGAGGAAUGGAAGGUAUUCCUGGGUUACAGGGAAAACCAGGAGAUAUCGGUGAAAUAGGGUCUUCCUUUAGUGCUAAGGGAGCGAGAGGCGAUCAAGGAUGGCAAGGGUUAAAGGGUUAUCAAGGCAUUAAGGGUGAUAUGGGUGACGCUGGAUUCGACGGUUACACUGGUAUGCAAGGCGCUAAGGGUAUUAAAGGAGAAAGAGGAGAAGAAGGGUUGCAAGGCAUGCCGGGUCUUAAAGGACCUAGAGGAAUGAAAGGCGAUAAAGGUAAAACUAUUCAUCCGUCAGAAAUAUUACCCGGUCCUGUAGGUGACAUUGGGCCUCCCGGAUUUCCUGGACGUCACGGUGAAGAUGGUCCGCCCGGUCCAAGUGGACGCAGUGGAAUAUUCGGUGUUAAAGGUGAAAGAGGAGACAUCGGUUUUAUGGGCUCAGUAGGGCUUCCAGGACUUCAAGGCGCACAAGGAAUAAAAGGAAUUAUAGGGUAUGAAGGUUAUGAAGGUCAACGUGGAGCUCCUGGGGCUCCGGGGAGACCUGCGCCACCACCGCCGAUACCGAAAUCACGAGGAUUUUACUUCACAGUACAUUCACAAACCAGAAUGAUUCCACAAUGUCCAGCGGGAACAUCACCACUCUGGGAAGGAUUCUCCCUUAUACAUAUAGUUGCAAAUGCAAAAGCACACGGCCAAGAUUUAGGUGCACCUGGGAGUUGUCUUCGGAAGUUCUCAACCAUGCCCUACAUGUUCUGCAAUCUUAACAAUGUUUGUGACUUUGCUCAACGUGAGGAUUACAGUUUCUGGCUGUCCACGCCGGAGCCCAUGCCCAUAGCGAUGAAACCUAUUCAAGCUAGAGAUGUCGGCUCUUACAUAUCAAGGUGUCAAGUUUGUGAGACAUCGACACGAACAAUCGCCAUACAUAGCCAAAGUAGUGAAGUGCCAACUUGUCCGCAGGGUUGGGAUGAAUUAUGGAUUGGAUACAGCUUUUUAAUGCAUACAGCAGGUGCAGACGCAGCAGGACAAAGUCUGAUAUCACCCGGAUCCUGUCUUCGUGAGUUCCGCACGCGGCCAUUUAUAGAGUGCAAUGGAUUGGGUCGCUGCAACUACUUCGCCACAGCCGUCUCCUACUGGCUGUCGACCAUCGACGAUAACAGAAUGUUCUUGCGGCCCGAACAACAAACACUUAAGGAAGAUAAAAUCACUAAAGUUAGCAGAUGCUCGGUGUGCAUGAGACGUCUCCCGGGCCCGCCAGCCGGCGUCUACCAAGGCGGCGACGUGCGCUCGGUGCCCAACGAGGUAGUGCGCCGGCGGCCGUACUUCCCCGCAGGCCGCAGACCCUACGGCCGCAGGUAUCUCAACCCCCGUGGCAGACGUCAGCCCAUCAGAGUCUACAAGCAAGUCACAUAGCUCAGCAACACUCCCCUAUCAUAAACUGUAAUUGAAGUGCUUACAACCAUAUUUUUAAACAUUAAUAAAAUCUCACUGUCACUGCCAUCUUUGUAUUAUAAUAAAUAAUAGUUUUUCUGUUUUAAAGAAUAUUUUAAUUUAGAUAUGGAUAAUCGUGAAAACUACAAGGAACCUUGAAUAUAUUGUGACGAAUGUCAGAGUAUUGUAUGUUACAAUUACCUCGUGAAUAUGAAUGUAGCGUGUGUUUAAAUAUUCAUCUCUACAUUUAAUUUUAGUGAUUUAAUGAAUAUUUUUUCACUGUCAAGGAUACAAAGGUCCCGUAUUAUAAGAAAUCGUUUAAAACGCCCAAAUUUUGUAAAUAAUAAUAACAUAUA